AUGGGCGCUUUUGUUGAAGAAGCUCAGAAGAAACUCUCCGAGUCAGGCGCCCAGAAACUUGCUAUCGCCCUUCGGUCCAAGGCCGAGGCCGAGAAGAUCGCGACUGCCCGGGCCGCCCAGCAGCGUGACCAGCAAUUCGAGGCUCAGUUCCCCGAGAAGGCCGCAGCUGCCAAGCAGCUUGCGGUGCAGGCGGAGGUUAGAACAGCGGAGAUAGCGAAAGAGGCUGAGCAGCAACCCGCACUCCAGGCUGCGGGCCCACCGGCUCAGCCGGCAGGGAUGCAGGGGCAGCAGCCACCGGUGGCCAAGCCGCCAGGUGCCAAUUACCAGGCGUGGUCUAGUUUGGCCCCUCCCAAGGGGGGGCCGCCCUUGGCCCCGCCUCUCAAGGCGCCGGCGCCGGCCAAGCCGGCAGCUGACAAGAGCAAGACCAAGGGCACUGGCCGGCCGUCGGUCCGAUCAGGGCCGUGCGCCGGCUCCGGCAAGGGCGCAGCCCUUGCGGCAGGCCGUUCCUAUGACUGGCACUUCCGGUGCUCCACGCAACACUGCUGCUUCUCAGUGGCCGACCGCGUAGCCGACUCGCCGCGGUCGGCCGCGCCGCAGCAGCGGUCGGUCACGCGGCCUGCGGCCGCGCCCGCGUCGCCCCGCGGGGAGCCGCGCCGGCGCGCCUCGCAGUCUCCCGCCUGCCAGGCGGCCGCGCGCGAGCCGCGGGGUGCGGCCCCCGCGGAGCUGGACGCAGCGCUCCGGUGUCUUGCGGCCUCCUCGCCGUCCGAGGCCGCCGCGUGGUUCGCCCAGAGGCUUGAUGCCACACCCAAAUCUGGAGCCGCGCUGGUGUCUCUGCUACAGAGGGUCAUCGGGUGCGUCCUUGACACGAAGGUCGCAGCUGCAGAGGCCGUUGCGGCGCAGGUGGAGAGACGAUCCGAUGGCGUGGCAGACGUGGGCCGCCUGGCGGACGCCUGCGAGGACCCGCUGGCGAUCGAAGACCAGGUCGAGCGAGAUGCCGCGGUUAUCGCGACAGAGGUCCUGGGCAGCGUCUUCGCGAAGGCCCCCCGCCAGUGGGACUGCACGGUCCUCUCCUUCGAUCGCCUCGUGCGCGUCUUCCACCGGGCCUUCAUCGCGCACAUGGACGGCUCAUCAAGGAACCUGCUGCGGUGGCGCGAGAUGGAGAGCGAGGCGAGGCUCCCAGCGAUCGAGGAGCACUGCCAGCUGCUGAGCCCUGCCUCCCGGGGGGCGCUGCUGGCGCUGCGGCUGGUGCCGGAGGACUCGGUCCCGGUGCAGGUUGUUGUCCAGCGGGAGAGCGCCCUCGCUGACUUCGCGCGGCAGCUGCCUAACUUGGACCGGCCGUGCGUGCUCCAGCCAUACUUCGAGUCCGCUUCAGGAACCAAGAUGGUUCAGGGCAAGCGCGUCGAGGGCGGGGAGGGCCACGGCCCACGGAAGGAGUUCUUCGUGGGCGUCUCGGCGGACGCGCGCAGGAGGUGGGGACCGUCCGUCUCCGCGCCGUCGCUCAGCGCCGCGACGCCACGAGAGGCGGAUCCUGCGGUGGCUGGCGCCACCUGCAGGGGGAACCGGAUAACCAUGGCGGACCCGUCGGCCCUCGACUGCGCGGCGAGCCGGGAGGUCCGCCGCUGCCUCGAGGGCGCCUGCGCCGGCGACUCCCUCACCCUGCGCCUGGCCGGCGGCGGCGAGGCGGAGAGGACCCUGACGUCGAUCUUGAGCCCAGCGACGCUGCUCGUCGACAGACCGUUCGAGGGCGCCGCGCUCGCCUCCCCCGUGGAGGUCGUCGGGUGCGAGGUGAGGAAGCCGAUGUGGCCCAUCUUCGAAUUCCACCGCACGACUGGCGAGCAGUGGUUCUCCGCCCACGCCCACGACCUCUCCGGCGCGAAGGGCGAGGACCUCGGGGCGCGCUGCGUGGCCCUGGGGAAGCUGCUGGCGUUGGCAAUCGUCAACCAUUGCAAGCUCUCGUUCGCGUUGCCAGUCAUGUUCUUCAGGCUACUCCUACACGGAGUCACGCCCGGGUUGCCCUCGUUGGCCCCCGAGUUCACGGCGAGCCUGGAGGACCUCAGGGGGUUCGACGACCCAUUGCACAGGUCUUUGAAGAAGAGCUUGAAGAUGAAGGCUUCGAUGUUCAAGCAGCUGAAGGAGGUGGAGGGCUUGCCAGCCCACUUCAGCCCAGAGGAGUACGUUGCACUUCAGGUGGCAGACACGCUCAUGCCCCAGGCCAUGCACGAGAUCCGGCGCGGAUUCUUCGGCAUGGCCGACGCGGAGCGGCUCCGCGGGGUGAGCGCCGAGGACAUGUACCAGUGGGUCUGUCCCGUUGCCUCCAGCAGCAACGUGUCCAUCCGGGACGUCUUCCACGUCGUGAUGGACGAGGAGCUGUCCGAGGUGCCAACCUUCGUCGCCGCCUUCAACGCGACCCUGGACGGACUCGACCCCACCGAGAGGCGGCUCUUCCUGUCCUUCGUGACCGGCGUGGAGGCACCCCCAGAGCCGAAGACCGAGCAGCUGACGGUGCAGCUGCCCUUCAGCGCCUUCACGCGCGCGGAGCACGCGGCGAUGCUGGGCAUGCUGCCGCAGGCGCACACCUGCUCGAACACGCUGGAGCUCCCGAACUACUACGAGGCCCUUCUCGAGACGGGCGAGGUAGCGCACGGCGACGAGGCCGCGAUGCUGAAGGCGCUCCGGAGGGUGAUUGGCCAGCGGCUGCGCGUCGCCAUCCGGGAGGCCAGCGGCUACGAGCUCGACACGCUCGGCGCCGCCCUGAGCGGCGACCACAGCCGGCCGCAGACGGCCGAUGUCGGCGGGGGCUCGCCGCCCGGCGGCAGGCCCGUCGGCCCCGGCGCGGCGUCGCCCGCCGAGCCGUGGCCGGGGCGCGCCUGGCUCGCGGGCCCCGCGGCGCUGCCCCCGCUCGCGCGCCACGGGCAGGCGCAAGGGGAGGCGGCGCCGCCACCGCUCGAGACCCACAGCGCGCUCGCGCCGCCCCUGCCCGCGGAGGAUGCGCCGAGCGUGCCGCCGAGGUGGAGCCAGGCGGUUGGGUCCGGCAGGCCCCUCCGCGAGGCCGCCGCGCAGGACCCGCCCCCGCCGCAGCGGCCGCCGCCCAGCGGCGCCGCCGGCGGCCCGCCGCCGAUCGGCGCCUGGCGCAGCGAGCCCUCCGCAGGCUCGGGCUCGCCGGCGCCGCGGCGUCACGUGGAGGCCGCUCGCUCGGAGGCCGCGGCCGCCGUGCGUGGCGGGCGGCACCCGACGGGGAACCGGGUCGACGUUGACGGCAUCGUGACCCGCUUGGAAACAUCCCUGGAGGAUAGCAUGGAGGAGCCCAACAGUGGCAACCCGACGCGCCCCAUCCAACCAGGGCAGCCGGAGCGCGGCGCCGCAGCAGCCGGCGGCGAGCAGCCGCGGGAGCGCCCCGGCAGCCAGCCCCAGCCGCCGCCGCGGCCUCCGUCCGCGCCCGAGCCGCCGAACAUGCCCCCGCCGCCCUCGCUGAUGGGGGGGAUGGGCGCGCACUUCGGCGCGCCACCCCCUGGCGCCCCAGGCGCCCCGAUCCAGCAGGACUCCGACUGGUUCCAGGCUGCCGGCGACGCCGACGGAGCCCAGCUGCUGCCCGCGAUUGCGAGAUGCGCCUGCGGCCGCGCCUACGCCCCGGGCGAGCGGUUCUGCCAGUUCUGCGGCGCGCGGCGGCGGCAGGCCGGGGACCCCGCGAUCCUUCGGCUCGAGUCCCCCAUGCAGGAGCACGAUGUCGACACCCUGCUGCAGGAGUUGGGCCUGGCCUGA